AUGUAUUAUAUGACUGUAAAGUGCGCCUACGAAAUAUACAAUAUGAUAAGGUUACAAUCACGUAGGGGAAUUUAUUUUAAGUGAUAUUAAGUGAAUAAAACGAUGUAUAUCUUCAUUGUCGAAAGAGAUUAGUGAUUAGGCACUUUCGUAUACGUAACCGACGUAACCUACCACGCGCAUUAAUAUUUAGCAUGUAUAUGAAGCGCUAUGAACCUUACACAUGUGUGUAAUACACGCGUUACUGUCGAUUUGACAGUUUAAUUAAUUAAAUUUAGCGAAGACGUUAAUUCUCGUCGGUGCACAUGCUGAUUUCUGAUUAUUUGAUAUAUGCCAAAGUAAUUCCUUUUCUGUUCAAAUGUACGAUUUAUGAUGGUUUGGAAAAAAUUCAUAUUACAUUGAUUCAUCGCUUCGUCACGCUCGUGCUUUAAGGUUAAAAGAAUAAUCAACUGGGGAAUACCAUGUUGGAAAAUACCACUGCCAUUCAACGUGUAAAGGACUCAACACCUGUUAAUGGUGCUCAACCAAAUAGAGAUGCAAGAACAUCAUUCACACAACUUGCUGACGAGCAAAAUAAUGCAAAUAACGAGUGUUAUAUAGACCCUGAAUGUUUAACAUUAUGGCAGCACCCAAUCACUACACUCAAUUAUUUCUUUCGAGAACUGUUUAGUAAUGUACUCAGCUUAGGAAAUAAGACACUGCAUUACAGAAGAACAGUAUGGACUGUAGUUUCGAUAAUUGUAUUGUUUCUGGUGUUAAAUAGGAUUGUUGGCCCUCACCAACAGAUUUUAAAAGCAUGGGAGACCAAAGUGAUUUGGUGGUUAUAUUGGAUAGGUUUAGGUGUCCUUUCUAGUGUAGGUCUUGGUACAGGCUUACAUACGUUCGUACUUUAUUUGGGACCACAUAUAGCAGCUGUUACUAUGGCUGCAUAUGAAUGUGGUGCUCUUAAUUUUCCUGAACCACCAUAUCCGGAUCAAAUAAUAUGCCCAACAAAAAUUGAUCCUUUGUGGACUGCGGGAGUAUUAAAUAUAAUGAAGAAAGUGCGCAUAGAAGCUAUGCUUUGGGGUGCUGGUACUGCUCUUGGUGAAUUACCACCAUACUUUAUGGCAAGAGCUGCUCGAAUUAGCCGACAGCAUAACAAGAAUGAAAAAUUUAAUCAAGAAGAUUUGAAAGAGCUGAAUGCUUUAGAAGCUUUAGAGAAUGGUGAAAAUGUGUCAUUAUUGAUACGUAUAAAACUAACUAUGAAACAUUUUGUACAAAAAGCCGGUUUUUGGGGAAUCCUUGCCUGUGCUUCAAUUCCCAAUCCGUUAUUUGACCUUGCCGGCUUGACAUGUGGUCAUUACCUAAUUCCAUUUUGGACAUUUUUUGGUGCAACACUUAUAGGAAAAGCUGUUGUAAAAAUGCAUAUUCAACAACUUGCAGUAAUUAUAGCUUUUAAUGAGGAACUUCUAGAUAAAGUUAUCAAGUUGCUAGCAAUUGUACCAUAUAUUGGUUCAAAGUUUCAAGGUCCCUUAAAAAAAUAUCUUAUACAACAGAAACAAAAAUUGCACGACAAAACAUCUGCGGAUGGAGUAACAACGAUUUCAUGGUUGUUUGAUAAAUUUGUGAUGUUGAUGGUUUGUUAUUUUCUAGUUACAAUUAUUCAUGCGUUAGCAAGAAAUUAUCAUCGUAAGCGGACAAAACAAUCUACUGAUUAAAAGUUAAUGAAUAUAGGAUGUACAAUGUAAACGUAAAAUCAAUUAAACAAACUACAUAUGAAAUUGCUGUUAUAGCGCUACAUGAUUAAGGUAUUAAAGAUAAUAACAAUUUGGUCAAAUUUUUGAAUGCAUAAUACUACGUAUGCAGG